UCUUUUGUAUUUGAAGUUAAUAUUUUCCUGUGCCUUACUUCACAAAAUAUAAAUGAGAAAUAGCGUCUAUAGUUACUGAACAAAAAGUUACUGAGUGAUUAUGUUAGAUUUUACAUUUAAUCGACUAGUGUAGAUUUAAGUCUAGGAUAAGCCUCCUAGAAUAAUAUGUCUUUUCUCAUGAACAAUAACAAUGGAUGAUAAAAGUGUGACAACCUUUGAUUUCACUCAAGUUUUGCCUGCAGAGAUAACAGAGAAGAUUCUUCAUCUACUAAAUGCAUAUGAACUGUCUACAUUCCAGCUAGUUUGCGUUAAAUGGAGAGAGAUUGCUAAUACAGAUUAUUUAUGGAUACAUUUUUGCAUUUCAAGAGGGUGGCUAAAGUAUGGUGUUAGUUUUGAUAUUCUGAAAGAGGAAUCCUGGAAUCCUAAUCCUUUUAGUAAUUCCUCUAGUAGCUCACCAUUGUUUGUUCUGAACGUUCCAGGAAAUACUAGGCUUUCUCCCAUUUGUAAAUGGAAGCACGUAUUUAUUAGAAUGGAACACCUUAAUUUAAAUUGGAGGAAAGGUCGCUACACUGUGGUGGCAGCUCUAAAGAGCCACACAGACAAAGUUACAGCAUUUGACUGUCAAGACAACUGUUUGGUGAGUGGUAGCAAUGAUAGAACUGUAUGCAUUUGGGAUUUAAGAACAUGCAAAUGUAUCAGGAAAGUUGAAGGGUAUUCAAAUACAAUUACAGCUGUUAAAAUUUUAGGUUCUUUGGCUGUCUUUGGCCUAGGAGAUGGUUGUAUUCAUGUUAUCAACACAACCACUGGAGAUCAUGAGCUGACAUUUCUUGGUCAUAGUGACUGUAUCAGUCACAUUAGUGUUGAUCACUACUUUGUGAUUAGUGCCAGUUCUGACUGUACAGUGAAAGUUUGGUCUCUUAUAAGCAAAGAACUGAUGCACACAAUGACAUUACAUACUGAUGAAAUAGAGUGCAUGUUUUCAUAUGGAAACCAUGUAGCAACAGGAUCAUGGGACAGAACUCUAAUUCUGUGGUGUGUUGAAACUGGCGUGUGUGUUCAUCAGUAUGUUGGUCACAACGAAGUUGUAUCCUGUUGCCAGUUUGAUUCAACAAAAAUUGUGAGUGGAAGCUAUGAUGGUGAUGUGAGAAUAUGGAGCUGCCAAAGUGGCCAUUGUAUUCAUCUUUUAUCUGGACAUAGAGGAGAAGUUUACUGUGUUGUUUACAAUGAUUACUGCAUUGCCUCUGGAUCAUCAGAUAGUACCAUAAUUCUUUGGUCACAUCUAGGAAUAUUGCUACAUACAUUGUCAGAGCACAUGGGCAUUGUUCGUUGUCUGCACAUAAACGAAGAGAGGCUGGUCAGUGGAGGUGACCAGAGGAUGAUUAUUGUGUGGGACUUUAAAUCAGGUAAAAAGUUGGCUGUGUUGCAUCGCAACCCUACCAAGUUGCACCUGAUGUGGGUUGGAGAAACAAAGCUCAUCACUGCCUCACCUGAAAAAUCUGGCACCAUGACGCUCCUUUCUUUUUGGUGACUGGUUCAAGGAAAUUGAUAGCUUGCAAGGUAACUUCUACAAGAUUGCUAUAUUUUCAGGAAAAUAACAAGAUGAUAGCGAGAAUGUGAGAGAACUAUUUUUAUUGACUGGAUUUCUUAGUGAUUGCUAGAUUGUAAGAUAAAUUUCUUAAAAAUCAUGUUGUAAUAUUCUAUGUGAAAUAUUAACUGUAAAAAAAAAACAUUUCAAUCAAGAAUAAGCAAUGUUUUUUUCAUGCUCAUUACCCAAAUGUAUGUGUUUGUUUAAAAAUAUUCACUAUAUUGCAGUUUAGAUUAUUAAAAUGUUUAUAAAUUGAUUUAUUAUUAAUUGUUUAUAAUAUAUUACCAGUGUAAAAAUGUAAAUAAACUACAGUUUGCUCAAGUGAAGUGUAAAUUGUAUAACAAUAACAUUUGUGAUUAUAAGAUUAACAUUUUUUAACCUAACAAUUUUUUCACUUAGUUUUUUUAUUAGUGCCUAUUAAAGUGUUGAAGUUAAUAUUUACUAAAAUAUUGUUUUUAAAAUUGUUGUGAUAAGUUAUAGAAUGUUUUUCAGGACAUGUAGAAGAGCAGAUUUUAAUUAAACGUUAAAUGAAAAAAUACACAAAAAUAAAAUAUAAAUGGCUGCUCAUAUUGUUUCAUAUAGUGUGUGUGUUUUCCAAUAAAAUAAAAUGCAUUUAGU